AUAUGCAUAAAUAUCAUCUCCUGGUUACCGUACUUGACAUAUUUCCUAUUUUUGUUUUUAGCGUUCGUAUAGCAGUUUUAGCAGUUUUAGACGUAGAAAGAUGGGUAACGAAACGGAGUUAAUUUUCGGCUGGGAAGAUUGGCUUGUAUACGGAUUUGCAUUACUGGCAUCGAUUCUGAUUGGUGUUUACUAUGGAUGCACCGGAAAGAAACAAAAUACAUCAGAAGAGGUUUUGCUUGGUGAAAGAAAAAUGUCCGUGUUUCCAGUAUCAUUGUCGAUUUGUGCAACUCUGCAAUCCACGGUAGCAAUAAUUGGAUUUCCUUCGGAAGUUUAUAACUAUGGUACAAUGAUAUGGUUCCUUACAAUAUCCCACGUGGUCGGGUAUAUCAUAACUGCACAUGUAUAUACCAAUUUAUCACAGACUGAGAUUGACGAGCGUUUUUGAGUAUCUUGCUUUGCGAUUUAACAACAAAAUCCGAUUGCUUGCAGUUCUAAUAUAUUCAAUUCAAACGUUGCUUUUUAUGUCAAUACAACUAUAUGCUGCGUCACUAACACUUGCAAAAGCUAGUGGAAUUCCUUUCGUAGGAACAGUGAUACUAAACGGAUUGGUGUGUGUGGUAUACACGUUCCUUGGUGGUAUGAAAGCGGUUGUUUGGGCCGAUGUAUUGCAACUUAGCUUGAUAUUCUGUGGGUGUCUUGCUAUAGUAAUUCAGGGUUCUAUCCGUCUCGGUGGUAUAGGCCGAGUUUUUGAAAUAGCAAAUGAGUUUGGAAGAAUUCAGUUUGAUGAAAUAAACCCAGAUCCAACGACACGGCACUCUGUAUGGGGUGUGGUUAUUGGGCUCGGGGGAUAUAGCGUGGCUUUACAUGCAGCUAACCAACAGUUUGUACAGAGAUAUCUUGCAUUAAAAACUAAAAAGCGUGCUCAGGGUGCAUUGUACCUCAGCUUAAUUCACUCUGCAAUAAUCCUGGCCUUGUCGACUUUAGUUGGAGUGGUGAUGUUUGCCACAUAUGCCUAUUGUGAUCCCAUCAAACUUGGCCAUGUUAAUUUGGCUGAUCAGAUGCCUGCACAUUUGGUGAUGGAUUUGUUUGGUUCUCUGAAAGGAAUGCCGGGAUUGUUUAUUGUGACUAUCGCCGCUGCAGCAAUGAGCACGAUGUCAUCUGGGCAGAAUGCUUUGGCUGCAGUAUUUCUUAAAGAUAUAACGAAGCCUAUUUACGAAGCCAUACAUAAACGAAAUAUGACGGAGACAUUUUCUACUCGCAUCACUAAAUGUUUUAGUAUGGUUUUCGGACUGGCUAUUAUAGCACUUGCCUUUUUAAUAGAACUAUUGAAGGAAACAGUUUUAACUAUAGGUCUUAAACUAAUAAGUGUUUUAUCUGGACCUCUACUUGGAAUGUUCACACUCGGAAUACUUUUUCCUUGUGCUAAUGUAUGGGGAGUGGCCGCUGGGUUUAUAUCUAGUCUUGGUCUUCUCAUCUGGAUCAAUGCUGGAGUCCUAAUAUUCAACAUCCGUCCAAAUAAAUUGCCGACAGAUAUUUCUGGAUGCGGCAAUCGAGCAUAUGACAACACGACAUCGUUGGACCAUUACAACACGACACCGGUGGACUAUUUUAGCACAACAUCCUUUGACUAUUUCAACACAGCAGAUUCUGGUUUAUUGGACCCCUCUCUUUACACCACGCAUACAAGUGCGGUAGAUGGAGCAACGGUUGGAGAGUCUGGCAUAUUUUAUCUGUACAGAAUAUCGUAUGUUUGGUACACUCUAACUGCACUGAUAGUGACGCUUGUUGUCGGUCUUCCUGUUAGCCUUAUUGCCGAAUAUGUAACAGGUGGAUAUGAGGUCAAAGAUGAGACUACAAUGUGGUCAAAAGGAUGCUGCGAAUUGCAGAAACAAGAUUCAGAAUCAAUGGCGAAUGGUUCUUCUACAAAUGUAAUCGCUAAGACUGAACAUCAUCAAAGAACGUCAGAUACAUAUCAAAUAUACAAUAAAGGAUUCGAUGAUGAAUGUAUUAGACUCUGAUUCGUUUUCUAAAUGUAAUUUACGAGUAUCAUUAGGAAACUAUUUAAUCAAAAACGAAGCAAAUUAUGUCAAAUACAUGCAUUUUUGUAUUUCAGAUUUUAUAUCUUACAUCGUACAUGUAAAUUGCUCUACUCCGGUGAUGCAUUGUUAUCUUUAUCUUUAUUUUCUUAGUUCGAGAAUAACUUCAUGAGAAUAUACAUGGUAUAUAUGUUUACAGGGUGGUCCAAGAAGUGAGACACUCAUAUUUCUGUUAAAAUUUCUGUUAAACCGCAACAUAUACCCACUAGGGUGUCUAGCGGCUUGUUUU